UAAAAAUCACGGGCCAAAACUGGAAAUUCAUUUCAAAUACCGAAACGCAAUCCGUUCAUUCGCUGAAGCAAAAUCAGCGCCGGCGCCAAUGCCAAAGAUCACUUAAAACCACCGCCGGAUCUGUUUAUUCGUCGGUCUCUUUCUCUCUCCACUCUCAAAUUAUAGGGUUUCGUCUCCUUCUCCUCAUCCACCCGCAUUACUCAUUUCUCUUUUGAAUUAUCUGCGGUAGCGGACGUAUGAUUUGAGUCUAGCAGAGGCCGAACCACGUGUGUAUUUCAUAAUGAUAGCAAAAGAUAUACACCAUUUCGUAAGUGUAUAUUGCGAGGUCUGAAGAAUAGACGAGAUUGUGUUGGCUCAGUGUUUGUGCAGAGUUUUGUACGAUCAUAGAGAAGAAUGGGGUAUAUAGGGUCUCAUGGUGUUGCUGCACUGCAUAGAUACAAGUACAGUGGAGUGGACCAUUCGUAUGUCGCUAAAUAUGUUCUACAGCCCUUCUGGAGUCGCUUUGUCAAUUUCUUUCCACUCUGGAUGCCACCCAACAUGAUUACACUUACAGGGUUCAUGUUCUUGGUUACAUCUGCACUACUUGGCUAUAUAUAUUCACCUCGCCUGGAUUCAGCUCCGCCAAGAUGGGUACAUUUUAUGCAUGGAUUACUUCUCUUCUUAUAUCAGACUUUUGAUGCUGUUGAUGGGAAGCAGGCAAGACGAACGUUUUCUUCUAGUCCGUUGGGGGAGCUUUUUGACCAUGGCUGUGAUGCACUUGCUUGUGCGUUUGAGUCUAUGGCCUUUGGGAGCACUGCUAUGUGUGGAAGAAGUACUUUUUGGUUCUGGGUGAUUUCAGCCGUCCCAUUUUAUGGUGCUACUUGGGAACACUAUUUUACCAAUACCCUUAUUCUACCAGCAGUAAAUGGACCUACGGAAGGUCUCAUGCUGAUAUACUUGUGUCAUUUCUUUACAGCUAUAGUUGGUGCAGAAUGGUGGGCUCAACAUUUUGGAAAGUCUUUUCCCUUUUUGAGUUGGGUUCCAUUCUUCAAUGAAAUCCCAACAUAUGGAGCUGCAUUGUUUCUAAUGAUAAGUUCUGCUGUGAUACCAACAAUCUCAUUUAACGUGUACAAUGUUUAUAAGGUAGUUCAGGGAAGGAAAGGAAGCAUGCUGUUGGCUUUGGCAAUGCUUUACCCAUUUGUUGUGCUCUUGGGAGGAGUCCUGCUGUGGGAUUAUUUGUCUCCAAAUGAUCUAAUGGGGACUUAUCCACAUUUGGUCAUACUGGGAACUGGACUUGCAUUUGGGUUCCUCGUGGGAAGGAUGAUUCUGGCUCACUUGUGCGAUGAACCAAAGGGCUUAAAAACUAAUAUGUGCAUGUCUCUUAUGUUUCUUCCCUUAGGUAUUGCAAAUGCUCUUACAGCCAGACUGAAUGAUGGAAUUCCAUUAGUUGAUGAGCAAUGGGUUCUUCUUGCUUACUGCAUAUACACAGUGACACUGUAUCUGCAUUUUGCCACAUCUGUGAUCCAUGAAAUAACAACAGCCCUGGGCAUAUGCUGUUUCAGGAUUACAAGGAAAGAAGCUUGAGACAUGGUUAGGUUUUAUUCCAGUUUUUUUAAUGAAGGGAAAAGAUGGGGGCAAACACAUGGAUGCCAGCUGAAGUCUCUCUCUGGUGGUAUAUUGCUUGUUGGGUUGGACUCUCAGUUAGGUGAACAAACACUCAACUCCCCAGGGCCCCUCUUCUCCUCCACUGUGAUAGGAGUAAUUUUCCUCUGAGUCUUUCUUUUUUCCUUGAACGGAAUCUUUGUUAUCAUUGGUGAACUUAGCUUACACUUAGGACUAAGCUAUUUAAAUUUGAGCUCGUGUUCGAUUUGUUUUUAACCCAAAUUUCAAAAAACUUACAGUAUUACUCAAGUCGUUUAACUUGUGAUAUGUAAAAGUUUUCAACUUCUCGUGA